GUUGCCAGAAUGUUUUAAUCAGAAAUUUCCCAAAUACACCAAACGCCUUUUCUGCCGCCUAAUUUUACAACGCCGCAAUUGGAAAACUUUAACAAAAUUGUUAAAAUGUCUGUCAGCAAACUAAAUCCCCGGGAAUCUGGCGACUAUAUCGUUAAGCAUGCUCAGCAUGUUCGUGUUCUGCCCGCCGGCAUUGAAAAACUAACCCAGGAAAUCGUAAAAGGUCUAAUAGAAAAGCGCAUUUCUGUGGAAAACUUCUCGCAGCACGAAUUGCAUCCUAAUCCGAACACGAAUCAGGCGGAGGAUUAUUCCAAAGCAGCCGAUUGGGUUUUUGUGCUGGACACCCUUAACUUUUGCUUUUGGACACCCAAUAACUAUACGAAAUACAAGGUCGAAGGCUAUACCGGCUACUUUUCGCUUUGUGCCGCUGUGAAAAGAGCCAUCAAAGAAGGUGUGGAUGUGAUCAAUCCCAAGAUCUACUCCACGAUCGACCUGGAAACCCUGGAGAAGAUUUUCCGCUCUGACGAUGGGGAGACCAAUAUUCCCCUGAUUCAAGAGCGCCUUGAUUCACUUCAUGAAGUGGGAAAAGUUCUGAUCGAAAAGUAUAAUGGCAGCUUUGAAAACGUGAUCAAGGCAGCCGAUAAAUCAGCGGUACGACUGCUGGAUCUUAUUGUGGAGGAGUUUGCUUGCUUUCGGGAUGAGGCGGAAUUCGCUGGGAAACGCGUUUCCAUCCUGAAGCGAGCACAAAUCCUGGUGGGCGAUGUGUGGUCCUGCUACAGAGGCCAAGGACUUGGCUACUUCAAGGACAUCGAACAGAUAACAAUGUUUGCAGACUACCGCAUUCCCCAGGUGCUGGUGCACUUUGGUAGUUUGGAGUACAACAAAGAGUUAAUGGAGCUCCUAAAAUCCGACACCAUUUUGGAGAACGGCGAUCCCCGGGAGGUGGAGAUACGCGGCGCAUCCAUAUACAUCAUUGAACAGGUCAGGGAUUCUGUGGUGAAGAUACUCCAGGAGCAACACCCCGAGAUCUCGCUGGAUAAUGUAAACUCCAUUGCGAUCGAUCAGUAUCUAUGGGACUACCGGCGUCAGCAUAAUGCAGAUUUAGAGCACAUCCCAUUCCACAAGGUGCUCAGUAUCUACUACUAGGCAAGGGAGGAAUACCAAUAAAGUCGACGGAUGAGUUUGUUAAA